AUGGCGGACACCGUGAAGGAGAACCAGCAGCAUCUCGCGCACAAGCGGAAGCCCACCGGAGCGCAGGGAAGACAUGGUGUUUCUAGCGAGCGGCUGGUUCUGACUCGACGAUGUUCCUUCAGCGCGGCGGACGAAACGCGGCUCAUGGACCGGCUGCUUACUGCUGGCGUUGUGUUUAACGUCCCAGUGUCUGCAAAGCGGUACAGCUCCGAGAGCUACGCGCCCUGUCCCGGCGUUGCCAGCAGUCCAUGCCCGGCGUGGAAAGGAGUUAUGCGACUGGGGGGAGGACAUGGGCUGAGCGGCCGAUUCAUCAUAACCUCACUUCCGACUAUCUACCACUGUAAGGACGGCGUCUUCCGGAAGUACCAGGGCGCUCGCACUAAAGAUGACUUCCUCAGCUUCGUCGAUGAGCAGAAAUGGAAAGCAGUCGAGCCGGUUUCCUCCUGGUUGGGACCAUCUUCGUUUCUAAUGAAUUCAAUGUCUGCUUUGUUCAAGCUCUCCAUGUUUAUCCGGCGUUGUCAUAACUACAUGACCGAGCAGCUGGGGAUUCCUGUUUGGGGCUCUUAUGUUAUCUUUGGCUUGGCCACUCUGUUUUCUGGCCUUGCGUUGGGACUGUUACUGGUGUUCAUCGCAGACUUUGUCUGCCCCUCGCGACGAUUUUCAUCUCCGGAUUACUACCAGAAGAAACAGUCGAUGCAGCAGGCGAGGUUACUCCAGCAACAAGAGGAAGAUCAUGAGGCUGACGGCGAGGAAGACGACGACGAAGAGGACGAAGAUGGCGACCAGGAUGACGUCUGGAGUAGAAGGAGAGGGUCCCCAGAGGGCCGCCCAGAACCUAAGGGACAGGGUUUCUCUGACGAAGCUCUGAGGAAGAGGGUGGUGGGCAACCGUGAGGAGGAGGAAGAGGAGGACACUUAGAGAGUCACAUGGCCCCUACACCUUUUUGAGAAGAGCACCGUGGAGUCAGCGGAGUCGGAGGAGCCUUGGUCCCGAGCAGCAGUGUUUACAGAAGGGAGCCCUAAAUGUCCCCCCACCCCUUAACCUCCCCUUCUUCUCCUUCUCCUCUGGGCCCCCAGAAACACCUCGCUUCUUUUCUUCUCCUUCCCUUGUUUUUUAAACGGGAGUGCUUUAAGACUCACCACCGCUCUCUCCGCCUGAGCAGCAGGCUCCACCUGGAACAAGCUGAAGCACUCCUGAUACCUGUUUCCACUCGUGGAAACAAACCGCCUGGCUGAGGUAUGAAGUGCAGUAGAGAUGGAUUCUGCAAUGUUGUUUAUGCUAUGCAUCGUUUUUUAAAGAUUGUUGUGUUUAUUAUAUGUUUAUCUCUGAUUCAUUAUACGAGGCUUGGGUUUGAGGUUUAUUUUGUUUAAAUUUUACUAUUCAGCUUACUUUGUGUUUAUAUAUAUUUGACAUACACUCGACAGUUCAACCCAACAACAAUGUUCACACACCACAUAUUCACCACAUUCAGUGUAGGACGGGGAAGAGAGUGGGAAGAAAUGGGCCCCAAAAUGUCACAGUUGUAAUCCUUAAGAUUUCAGUCCUGGUUGAUUUGGCAACACCUGUGGUUACCGCGGUAACGGCAAGCGCAGUUUAGUACUAAAACACUUGUUAAGCAGCUACUUUGUCGGGAACACAACAGAAGAGUGACGGUUGUGUCUGGUUACAGUGCAGCCAAACAAACUUGCGUUGUUUUAGUAAAGAAGUACGCUGAUAGUAACUGCAACCGUGAUGCAGUGAGCAGUUUCCACACAACCGCAGGAGACGGUAAAGUGAAGUUUACCUUGUUGAGUAGGAGGUGUGCAGAUCUGCGGCCACUCCUUCAUCUUCCAUUACUUCCCUGCAAACAUUUAAAUCCACUGAUGGGGGACAAAAAAAAUGCUGAAGAUGGCUGCCGUCUUUUUUGCAUUUUUGAUAAACAGACAAAUCUUGGUGACAAAUACAUUGCUUCACAAUAAAAGCCACCCGUAGAGUUGCCAAUUAAAUGCUUUUAUUGUGAAGCAGCAGCAGUAGGAAAUGUUUGGUAUGAAUUAGCAGUAAUUUAAUACUCUGCUACAGUGUUACAGGAGCAAACAGUAAACAAACAUAUCCGUUCAAAGAUCAAAUUACUCCGGAUUAUAUGCACUCUGAGAUCCCCUCCUUCAUGUGAAGGUAAAUUAAAGGUCCAGUGUGAAACAUGAGGAUCUAUUGACAGAAGUGAAAUAUGAUAUAGGUAUUCAUAGGUAUGUUUUCAUUAGUGUAUAAUCACCUGAAAACAAUAAUUGUUGUUUUCAUUAGCUUAGAAAGAGCUGUUUUUAUCUAUCUCACCUUCCAUUGAGGCCUCCAUGUUAAACUGCCAUAUUUCUACAGUAGCCCAGAAAGGACAAACCAAACAUUGGCUCUAGAGAGGGCCUAUCGCAACUUUCUCGGACAACGUAGUCCCUGCUACACACUUCACAGCCUGUUCCCAUUUCCAUGUCGUCUAAUACAGACGCCUGGCGGUGUUCAGUUCACCACUAGAUGCCACUAAAUCUGACACACUGGUCCCCCCAGUGUGGGAAUGGCGGACUCCACCACCAACACUGAAAACAAUAACUACAUUAAAUAGUUACAGCAGAAAAACACAGACCACAAACAGUAUUUAAAAAUGGGUUUGAUUUCAUAGAAGUCUUAAGGAUUACACUUAAACACGGGACACAGAGGUUUAAAUCUCCAGUUGUGUGUAAAGUCUGCAUCCUCUCUGCACAGCUACGUACAGGGCAGGAACCCUUCUUACAGCAUCUGUGCUCAGUAAUCACACCAAAACGUUGACUUUUGACUAAGCUCCAAUCUUUCCUGUUUGCAGAAAACCAGAUCCCGGUAGGUAGAUGCUGAAUUUUAAAAAAUGAACAAUAUUCACGUAAAUUAAAAACCCUGGUGGAUAGAUACGAAGUGUCCCCAUAAUGUAUCAUACAAUCAAUCAAGGGGCGUUUUCAUUUUCUUUUUUUGUUGUUUUUUGUUAAUGUUUACUUGUGAUUCUCUAAUUAUUAAAUGAUCUUACUUAAAGAACCCAGAUGUGUUGUGGACCUGUCAGUAGGUCUGCAGUACAGUAUAUGCAUGCCAUAAUACGACUAAAGAGAGGAUCAAUUUAGGGAUUUUUAUAAAUUGUAAACAGAGAGAAGGCUGGCGUAUCCGUCCUGACGCUGCUCUGCGUCGUGGAACAGUAAGAGGACUUUAAUGAAGCUGUCUUGCUCAACAAAGGGAGGCAUAAUUCAUCCUAAUGUUCUUUUAAUUUGACUUUUCUCUUUUUUUUUAGGCUCAACUUGUCAAAUUUGAACCUCAACUUCUGGGGUUAAUUUAUCUAAAAGGGUGAUUUUGUGUACAUUGGUUUCUCUUUGAAAUUGAAACACAUUGGCACUUUAUGCAUCUUUUUCAAAUAUUAAUGCCACUCUGAAUCUCAGUCUGUAUCCAUUUCAGUCUUGUACAGCAAAAAGGAGCCGUGUGUAUGUGUGUACGUGUCUGUGUGUGUCUGUGUGUACGACCAGUGUUUUUGAUACACAUUGCACUCUGUUGGUUGAUGAAGCUUACUGUAUGAUGACAUUAAUCUUCACGCUUUCUAUUCCAAAAAAAAGCUAAUUACUCACUUCAGUGACGGUGGAAACAGGUUGUAAUUUUUUUUACCCGACCACUAUUAACGGCUUGUAGCUUUCACACUUUACUCUUGAAUCGGCUGUGCUCCUUUAUUGUUUGAACAUUUCUUUUAAAUAAAGGGUUAACUCUGGAAA